UUCCUUUGCAAAAUCCUCUCUCGUCACGCUGGUAAUUUCACGCCCCUUUCUCUCUCUAAAAGAAAUUCCCCUUUUCCACUCUCUCUAGCAAUCUCAUGCACGGACAUAUUGCGUGGAAUUGGAAAUUAGCGCACACGAAUUUCAUCGAUCGACUGUGAUAAAGAGUGGAAAGAUGUGAUUCGUUAGCAAUUUACAGCUAAUUUUUUAUGCAAAUUUCACUAGAUUGGAUAUUAUUUGGAUAUUUUCCUAGGGUAUUAUAGUGUCACAUGAAGAAUCGGCGAACCAAAGUGGUUGUGCGGCACUUGCCGCCGACGCUUUCUCAGUCUACGCUUCUCGAGCAGGUUGAUUCUCGCUUCGCUGGUCGGUACAACUGGUUCACUUUUCGCCCCGGCAAGACCAGCCUGAGGCAUCAAAGCUAUUCGAGAGCCUAUAUUGACUUUAGAAAUACAGAAGAUGUUAUUGAGUUCGCUGAGUUCUUUGAUGGGCACGUUUUUGUGAAUGAGAAAGGCACUCAGUUCAAAACAAUUGUCGAGUAUGCUCCUUCACAGCGUGUUCCAAAGCACUGGUCCAAGAAGGAUGCCCGUGAAGCGACCAUACUGAAAGAUCCUGAAUAUCUGGAGUUCCUUGAAUUUCUUGCAAAGCCUGUUGAGAAUCUUCCAAGUGCUGAGAUACAAUUGGAGAGAAAAGAGGCUGAACGAGCUGGCUCAGCAAAGGAUGCUCCUAUAGUUACUCCAUUAAUGGAUUAUAUACGUCAGAAAAGAGCUGCGAAGGGUGGAGCUCGGAGAUCUAUAUCUAAUGGAAGAUCAACCAAAAGGGUUGGUGGCGCAUCCUCAAGAACUCCUAGCUCAGCUGCAUCUAAACGAGGCUCUGAAAAGAGGACUUCUACGACCAUGUAUGUUCUGCGGGACAGUUCUAAGGCUGGAAAUGGUAAGGACAAAUCAUACAUUCUAGUGCCAAAACGUGAUGAUCAGCAGCUCUCUGACAAGUCUGGAACCUCUGCUCCUGGAUCUGGGAUUGAUUUAGUGGAAGGGGAAAUUGGUCGUUCUGUAACUGCUGAUAGUGGGAAGAAGAAAAUCCUUCUCUUGAAGGGGAAGGAAAAAGAAGGUCCUAAUGUUUCUAGUGGUUCAUUAGCUCAACAGAAUGUGACAUCUACUCUCAAGAAUUCACCUAGUUCAUCUGCACCAAAACAGAACCAGCGCCAAGAGGCAAGUGGCAGGAUCAUCAGAAGUAUUCUUCUCAAGGAUGCUCGGCAGAAUCAAUCAGCAUCUCAGUCAGAGAAUCAAAUACAGGAUAAGGACAAGAGACCUCCUCGGCCACCAAGUAUGCAGUUGUUUCAGAAGGAUACUAGUGGAGCUAAUGAGGAUAAGGUCGCUGGAAAUGACUUGCAUGUUGUCCACGUUGAGAAGCAAGAAAGACGUUCCAGGAAUAGAGAUAGGCCUGAUCGUGGUGUUUGGGCUCCUCUUCGCCGUGCUGAUAGUUCACAGAUGGAUACAUUCUCAAAAUCUUCUGAUUGGAAAAUAAACUCUUAUGAUUUCAAAGGAGAGUGUAACUAUAAACAUGGUAGUCGUCGUGGUUUGAGGGAUGCAGAUGGACCUUCUGUUGGGGAAGGAAAACCCGUGAGAAAGGGAGGUACUUCUGCCUACAGUUCUCUUGAGAAACAAGUGUGGGUUCAAAAGUCAAGUUCUGGUUCUUAGUUAUGUUAUUUAAUGUGAAAUACUUGGUUGUUUACCAUAUCAAGUAUGCAACGAUAUAGUGGCUGGAGCGCUCUUUGCUUGGCAGAACAGGUGUGAGCAAGGUUGCUGGAGCAGCAAAGACCUCAAAUGGAACUUCGAUACACCAGGGUGCUACAGGCACUGGUGUUCACCUUAGAAUUAAUCUUUGAUCAGAUUGAAUCAAAGAUGGUCAGGAAUAGGAGCACGAGGGAAGAAAGUCAUUAUAAUGACAUAUCACCACAAUUUUCGGCUGGCGUUCCUUGUGAUGGCGUCUUUUCACCAUCAAGAGCUGUGGAUUCCUCGUUCCUGCCUUUGACUCGGCUGAUAAUCAAGAAAAUAUAGUUUCUUAGAUGGCAACUUAGCUUUUGUUGAACUGUAAAUACAAAUGUGGGAUCACGGGAAGUGCCCACACUACUUAUUCAUGUCUAUAACCCCAUAUUAAUUCUAGGCUUGACUUUGGAGAUAGGGCUUGUUUGAGCUAGUUAAUCUAAGCAAAAUCCAAGCGCUGAAGCGUAGAACAAUUGGAUUCCCAUUACUUGUGUGCUGUUGGGGUGUGCUAGGGUAAGGUUUGUUGGUAAAAUGAAAGAGCAUUUUGGUGUUGAUCCAUCAGCCGUCCAAAAUAAUAGUGCAGUUUAUAUAUUUAAGCAA